UUAUCAUUUUUCAUCAGCUCAGCUCAGAUCACAAAAAAAUCAAAAUCAAAAUAUAUUUCCUGAUCAAUGGAGGCAACAAAAGAGCAAGAAUCGGCCGGAUUACUAAGCAAGAUCCUCCCACCGCGUCUGGAAGACGCCGGCCUCGAAGACUGUGCAUUACCACCGGAUUCCAUCAAAGAAGCUUUCCUCAAAGCCGCCUCCGCCGUCAAGUCACGGGCGACUUCCGUCUUCACUUCCGAUAGCGAAGAUGAAGGCACCGACUGCGUGCAAGAUCCUUGGCCUGAUAAAGCUAACGAAUCAUCGGAUGACGUCAUCGGCGGUAAUCCACCGGAAUCUGCUGCGCCGGACAGUUUGGUUGGAGUAGAGAGUGGGAAGGAGGCGCCGGGACCUUGUGUGGUGGAGAAAGGUGGAGGUGACGUGGAGGGCGGUGAUAGAGUGGUGGUUGGUGGUGGUGAUGUGGAGGAGAGAGAGGAAGAUAAUGGGUGUGUUGUUGAUGGGUUAAAAGGGUUAAAGAUCGGUGUCGGAGAAACUGGCGGUGACGACGUGGAGGAGGAGGAGGAAGGUGAGAGGCCAAUAUUAACUGAAGGUUUUGUUUAAUUUAUUUUUAAAGAAAAUUAUGUUUUUAGUCUUUAAUUGUUAGUUUGUAUAUAUGAGUUAGUUAUGGUUGUUUCCUUGUUGUAAUUGUAACACUUCGAAAUUUCUGUAGUCUCGAGUUAAAUGAAAGUUUCAGUUUGUUAA